AUGAGUGUAUUAUUAUUGUUAUUGUUUCUCACAAACUUUAUAUCUGCUUUGCCUCCGAAACUAGGCACAUCAAGUCCGGAUUCAACAUCAAAAUAUUUAGUCACUGAUUUACCAGGGCUUUAUUUCAAUAUACCAAAAGAUGAAAUACCUUUAAUGUUCUCGGGGCAACUUGAAGUUGAUAAGGAUACAGAAACAAGUUAUUUCUUUUGGAAAUUUGAAGAUAAUAAGAAAAUAUUCACUAAUAGGACAACAUUUUGGUUGAAUGGUGGACCUGGAUGUAGUUCCAUGGAUGGUGCAUUAUUAGAAACAGGUCCAUUUAGAAUAAAUUCAGAUAAAAAAGUCACUCAUAAUAAUGGAUCUUGGCAUAAACUAUCAGAUAUGAUUUAUGUUGAUCAACCCGGUGGUGUUGGAUUUAGUAAAACUUCGGAAUAUUUACGUGAUUUAGAUCAAAUCAGUGAUUACUUUUUGAAAUUCAUGGAUGCUUAUUUUAAUAUAUUUCCAGAUGAAAUCAAUAAUGAUAUUUACUUAAGUGGUGAAAGUUAUGCUGGUCAAUAUAUUCCAUAUAUAGCUCAAGGCAUAUUGAAUAGAAAAGAAGGAAAUAAAUAUAAUUUAAAAGGUUUAUUAAUUGGUAAUGGUUGGGUGUCUCCAAAUGAACAAAGUCUAAGUUAUUUACCAUUUUUUGUUGAUAAGAAAUUAAUAGAUACGAAUAACCCACAAUGGUUAACAAUUUUGAAAACUCAUGAAAAUUGUCAAAAGAUUGUAAAUAAAAUAGAUUCAACAUUUAAAGAUGGUCAAAUUCAUGAUUAUGAAAUAGAUAGUGGGGAAUGUGAAAGUAUAUUGAAUAAAUUACUUAGAGCUACUAAUAAUCAUGGUGAAAGUUGUAUUAAUAUUUAUGAUUAUAAUUUAAGAGAUUCUUAUCCUUCGUGUGGUAUGAGUUGGCCCAAUGAGUUAAGUAACGUUUAUCCAUUUUUAAGACUGGAUGAAGUUAUGAAUGAUUUAAAUUUACAAUAUAAAAAAGAAUGGGUUGAAUGUAAUGGUAGAGUAGGUGGUCAUUUCAAGGCAAGAAAUUCAGUUCCAUCAAUACAUUUAUUUCCUGAACUAUUACAACAAAUUCCAAUUAUUUUAUUCAAUGGUGCUAAUGAUAUUGUAUGUAAUUCAGUUGGUGUAUUAUCGUACAUUAAAAAAUUAUCAUGGGGUGGAGUAACUGGUUUUCAAAAUGAUACUAAUCAAAUUGAUUGGAUUUAUAAUGAUUCGAGUGUUGGAUAUAUAUUACAAGAAAGAAAUUUAUCAUUUAUAAAUAUUGAAAAUAGUUCACAUAUGGUUCCUUAUGAUUUACCUGACGUUUCAAGAGCAUUAAUGGAUUUGAUUACUGAAAAUUAUGAUAAAAGAGAUAAUAACGGUAAAACUGAAUUUGUCACAUAUCCAUUUGGACAUAGAAAAGAAAAAGUACCAGAUCUAGAACCAAAACCAAAACCUGAAGAAAUCCCAACACCAGCUACAUCUUCAACAAGUUCCUCAUCUACUACUACAGAAUCAAUAACUAAAGAAUCAUCAUCAUCUACAUCCACAUCAUUACCUGACUCAUCUACAGAACCUACUGGUUCAAAAAUAACUAGAUUAAUACAAUUAGGAGUCAUUCUAAUCUUAAUAUGGGGUAUUUAUAUACUUUAUUCAUCUUAUAAAUCAAGACCAUCAUCAAUAAUUAAAAAACCAAAAAAGAAAUCGUCAAAGAAGAAGAAGAAGAAUGUUCAAUGGUCAGAUCAAUUAAAUAAUUUUGAUGAUGAUAGUGAUGGAAUUGGAUCACCUUCACAAAAGAAUAAUGGUGGUUUCCUUUCCAAACUAAAUCCAUUCCAAUCGAAUCAAGAUAAUAAAUAUAAUAGAAUAAAUAAUCAGUACACUGAUGAUAUAGAAUUGAAUGAAAAUUUGGAUGAUUUUAUAAUAGCCAGUAAUGACGAUGAAACUGAAAAUGGAAAUGAUAGAAAUAACAAUGAUCGUAUAGUAUAA